CCUUCCUCGCUCACUGAGGCAGGAUUAAAAGCAGGUCUCUCAGCCAAUGAGUUGGAGGAAUUUCUGACUCUCUCCAAAUCUCAGCCAAUCAAAGACAGGCUGAAGAGUGUCACACGGGAAGCACUGGAGUAUAAAUGCUUUGGUCUUCCAUUCAUCGUGUGUCAUGUGAAUGGGAAGGCUGAGGUCUUCUUUGGUUCUGACAAAUUUGAGCUCAUGGCUUAUUUCAUUGGGGAGAAGUGGAUGGGGCCUUACCCUAACAAGCCCACAGCCACAAUGUGAUCACUACUCCUCCAUACUCAAUAUCCAUAUUCAACAGCACACACACAAACACAGAGAUUUACAUUUAAAGGGGAAAUUUAAUAAAAUUUUCACUUUUUGGGUGUUUUUUUUUUUUUGCAUUUAGUUAGGUUUCUGGUGUGUCUGCCAGCUCGGAAAAGCUAAAAAGAAAACAAGCAGCCAGUUUGUUGAGUCUGAAACUGUGUCAUCCAGUGAGAAAUUUCAAUUUGCAGCCAGUUUCUAUGUAGCUAUUUGAAUAAGACCACCUCCGAGCCACAUGUUACAGACACUUCAUGAAGGCCCUAAAGAAUCACCAACUUGUGGAAAAUGGUGUGGCAUUCGUUGGCAGCUGCCACCCUAAGAAAAUACUUAUCUGCCACCUAGAAUUAUGCAGAACUAGUCUGUGUUUAUUGUGUUCAUGAAUAAAGGAACAAGGAAAAA